AGCGGGCUAGACUGAGGCUAGUUACCACGUCAGUGAGCUGACAGGGAAGGUAGCCGGUUCCACCGCCCGGCCCGGCCGACCCAUUCUGGCCAGCUGUGCGAGUCCGUCCCGACUUCAGCCUUCACUUCCCGAAAGCGGACUCCUCUCCGCCUCCCAUCUGCCAUCCGAGCCGGGGUAGCCGCUGGGAGCCGCCGCGGGGGCGCAGCUGACAUGAGCCGCGGCCGCUGGUCCUGGGACUAGGCCCCGCCAUCUUGGAUCCGCUGACAGAUUCUGUAUGCACAGUCCCCUAGCUCAAGGAUGUGGUAAGGUUAAAAGUAGGGUUUGUCAGGAUGGUGGAUAAGAAUAUUUACAUCAUUCAAGGGGAGAUUAACAUUGUGGUUGGGGCUAUCAAACGAAAUGCCCGAUGGAGCACCCAUACACCAUUGGAUGAAGAACGGGACCCUCUCUUGCAUAGUUUCAGUCAUCUAAAGGAGGUUUUAAACAGUAUAACAGAGCUGUCAGAGAUUGAGCCCAAUGUAUUCCUUCGACCAUUUCUGGAAGUGAUUCGUUCUGAAGAUACCACUGGCCCUAUCACGGGACUGGCGCUCACCUCUGUCAAUAAGUUCCUGUCCUAUGCGCUCAUAGAUCCCACUCAUGAGGGCACAGCAGAGGGCAUGGAGAACAUGGCGGAUGCUGUCACCCAUGCCCGUUUUGUGGGCACAGAUCCUGCUAGCGAUGAAGUUGUCCUCAUGAAAAUCCUUCAGGUUCUCCGGACUCUGUUGCUAACCCCCGUGGGCGCUCACCUUACCAAUGAAUCUGUGUGUGAGAUCAUGCAGUCUUGCUUCCGAAUCUGCUUUGAAAUGAGGCUUAGUGAGUUAUUGAGAAAAUCCGCAGAGCACACUCUCGUAGACAUGGUGCAGCUGCUCUUCACAAGGUUACCUCAAUUUAAAGAAGAACCCAAGAACUAUAUGGGGACCAGCAUGAAGAAGCUGAAAAUGAGAGCUGGAGGCAUGAGUGAUUCGUCCAAGUGGAAGAAACAGAAGAGAUCUCCCCGGCCUCCACGUCAUAUGACCAAAGUCACACCAACCUCAGAGCUGCCCACCUCCUUAUCCACUAACCUCACAGCAGGUGGCAUGCUCUUCAUCGACGCACCCACACCCAUCUCGUCUGGAAGUUCAGAAACUGCCUCAGCGGUAGUCAGUCCCUCCACAGACAGUGGCCUGGAAUUCUCCUCCCAGACCACAUCCAAGGAAGACCUGACUGACUUGGAGCAACCUGGCUCUCCAGGAUAUCAUCCUGCUGCAGAGCCUGGCGGCAGUGAGCUGGGAGUUCCUGAGCAGCCUGACCCCCAGCAAGAAGCAGCCCCAGUGGAAAAGGCCCAUACAGCAUCGGUGGAAUCCAUUCCUGAAGUACUAGAGGAGUGUACAUCCCCUGCUGACCGCUCUGACUUGGCCUCUGUUCAUGACAUGGAUUAUGUCAAUCCACGGGGCGUGCGGUUUACACAGUCUUCGCAGAAGGAAGGCACAGCUUUGGUUCCCUAUGGUCUUCCCUGCAUCCGUGAGCUCUUCCGCUUCCUCAUCUCCCUCACUAAUCCACACGACCGCCACAACUCCGAGGUCAUGAUCCACAUGGGCCUGCAUUUGUUGACAGUGGCCCUUGAGUCCGCCCCCAUAGCCCAGUGCCAGACCCUCUUGGGCCUCAUCAAGGAUGAGAUGUGCCGCCACUUACUCCAGCUACUCAGCGUAGAGCGGCUGAACCUUUAUGCUGCUUCCCUGAGAGUUUGCUUCCUACUAUUUGAGAGUAUGAGGGAGCACCUCAAAUUCCAAUUAGAGAUGUACAUCAAAAAACUCAUGGAGAUCAUCACUGUGGAAAACCCCAAGAUGCCUUAUGAGAUGAAGGAGAUGGCACUGGAGGCCAUUGUACAGCUCUGGCGCAUACCCAGCUUUGUCACUGAGCUCUACAUCAACUAUGAUUGUGACUACUACUGUUCCAACCUCUUUGAGGAGCUCACCAAGCUGCUGUCCAAGAAUGCCUUCCCUGUGUCUGGGCAGCUCUACACGACACACCUACUCUCUCUUGAUGCCCUAUUGACAGUGAUUGACAGCAGUGAGGCCCACUGCCAAGCCAGAGUCCUCAACAGCGUCACCCAGCAAGAGAAGAAAGAGACAGCCAGGCCCAGCUAUGAGGCAGUGGAUGGUGCUCGAGAAGCUAGCGGUGAUGAGAGAGCAGACAGUGACGGGAAAGCCAGAGGCAUGGCAUCAGAUGUCCCAGGCCUUCAUCUGCCAGGUGGAGGGCGGCUGCCAGUAGAACAUGGGAAGCCGGGAUGCAGUGACCUGGAGGAAGCUGCUGACUCUGUGGCUGACAAAAAGUUUACCCAGAAGCCACCUCGAUUUUCCUGUCUCCUGCCAGAUCCACGGGAACUAAUUGAAAUUAAAAGCAAAAAAAAGCUAUUAAUCACUGGCACAGAGCAGUUCAAUCAGAAACCAAAGAAAGGGAUCCAGUUUCUGCAGGAGAAAGGUCUCCUCACCAUCCCCAUGGACAACACAGAGGUAGCCCAGUGGCUCCGAGAGAACCCUCGACUGGAUAAGAAAAUGAUUGGAGAGUUUGUGAGUGACCGCAAAAACAUUGACCUGUUGGAAAGUUUUGUGAGCACCUUCAGCUUUCAGGGUCUGCGGCUUGAUGAAGCUCUCCGCCUCUACCUGGAAGCCUUCCGUUUGCCUGGGGAGGCACCGGUCAUCCAGAGGUUACUGGAGGCGUUUACGGAGCACUGGAGGAAUUGUAAUGGCUCCCCAUUUGCCAAUAGCGAUGCCUGCUUUGCCCUGGCCUAUGCCGUCAUCAUGCUUAACACCGACCAGCACAACCACAACGUUCGCAAACAGAAUGUGCCCAUGACCCUAGAGGAGUUUCGUAAGAACCUGAAAGGUGUGAACGGAGGCAAAGACUUCGAGCAGGACAUCCUGGAGGACAUGUACCAUGCCAUCAAGAAUGAGGAAAUUGUGAUGCCUGAGGAGCAGACGGGCUUGGUUCGGGAGAACUACGUCUGGAAUGUGCUGCUUCAUCGAGGUGCCACCCCUGAGGGCAUCUUCCUGCGCGUGCCUCCUGGCAGCUACGAUCUGGACCUCUUCACUAUGACCUGGGGCCCCACAAUUGCUGCUCUCUCUUACGUCUUUGACAAAAGCCUUGAGGAGCCGAUUGUCCAGAAAGCCAUCUCCGGCUUCAGGAAGUGUGCCAUGAUCUCCGCCCACUAUGGCCUGAGCGAUGUGUUUGACAAUCUCAUCAUCUCACUGUGCAAAUUCACAGCUCUCAGCAGUGAGUCUAUUGAGAACCUGCCCACUGUAUUUGGAAGCAACCCUAAGGCUCACAUUGCAGCCAAAACAGUAUUCCAUCUGGCCCAUCGUCAUGGCGACAUCCUGCGGGAGGGCUGGAAGAAUAUCAUGGAGGCCAUGCUGCAGCUUUUCCGAGCCCAACUGCUGCCCAAGGCUAUGGUGGAGGUAGAAGAUUUUGUAGAUCCCAAUGGCAAGAUUUCUCUCCAGCGAGAAGAGACACCAUCAAACCGAGGAGAGUCAACAGUACUGAGCUUCGUGAGCUGGCUGACCCUGAGUGGUCCUGAGCAGUCUAGCAUGCGGGGUCCAUCCACUGAGAACCAAGAGGCCAAGAGAGCAGCCUUGGACUGUAUCAAGCAAUGUGACCCAGAAAAGAUGAUCACGGAAAGCAAGUUCCUCCAACUGGAAUCCUUGCAGGAGCUCAUGAAGGCUCUGGUCUCAGUGACACCAGAUGAAGAGACGUAUGAUGAGGAAGAUGCUGCUUUCUGUCUGGAGAUGCUGCUAAGGAUUGUGUUAGAAAAUAGAGACCGUGUGGGCUGUGUAUGGCAGACUGUUCGAGACCAUCUCUACCACCUCUGUGUCCAAGCACAAGAUUUCUGUUUCCUGGUGGAGCGGGCGGUGGUAGGGUUGAUGCGCCUGGCCAUUCGCCUGCUCCGGAGAGAAGAGAUCAGCGGCCAGGUGCUGCUCUCCCUGCGCAUCUUGCUGCUCAUGAAGCCCAGCGUGCUCUGCAGAGUUAGCCACCAGGUUGCGUACGGGCUCCACGAGCUCCUGAAGACCAACGCAGCCAAUAUCCACUCGGGUGAUGACUGGGCCGCCCUCUUCACGCUGCUGGAGUGCAUUGGCUCUGGGGUGAAGCCGCCAGCCACGCUGCAGGCCGCAGCCAGGGCCGACGCACCCGACGCUGGGGCCCAGUCAGACAGUGAGCUCCCAUCUUACCAUCAGACUGAUGUGAGCCUGGACCGAGGGUACACUUCUGACUCAGAGGUCUACACUGACCAUGGCAGGCCUGGCAAGAUACACCGAUCAGCCACUGAUGCUGAUGUAGUCAACAGCGGUUGGUUAGUGGUGGGGAAGGAUGACAUUGAUAACUCCAAGCCAGGGCCAGGGCCAGGGCCCAGCCGGCCGGGCCCUUCGCCCCCCAUCAAUCAGUAUAGCCUCACAGUGGGGCUGGACCUGGGGCCACACGACACCAAGUCCCUGCUUAAGUGUGUGGAAUCGCUGUCCUUCAUUGUGCGUGAUGCGGCCCACAUUACCCCUGACAACUUCGAGCUCUGCGUCAAAACCCUGCGCAUCUUCGUGGAGGCCAGUCUCAAUGGCGGGUGCAAGUCCCAGGAGAAACGUGGCAAGAGUCACAAAUACGACAACAAAGGGAACCGCUUUAAGAAGAAGCCCAAGGAGGGCUCAGUGCUCCGGCGGCCUCGUACCUCCAGCCAGCACGCCGCUCGGGGUGGGCACAGUGACGACGACGAGGACGAAGGCGUGCCUGCCAGCUACCACACGGUGUCUUUACAGGUCAGUCAGGACCUACUCGACCUGAUGCACACCUUGCACACAAGGGCAGCCUCUAUCUACAGCUCGUGGGCAGAAGAGCAGCGCCCCCUGGAGACAGGUGGCCAGAAGAUUGAAGCAGAUUCGCGCACUCUCUGGGCCCACUGCUGGUGCCCUUUACUGCAGGGCAUUGCCUGCCUGUGCUGUGACGCCCGGCGCCAGGUCCGAAUGCAGGCAUUAACCUAUCUCCAGCGAGCGCUUCUGGUACAUGACUUGCAAAAGCUAGAUGCCCUGGAGUGGGAGUCCUGUUUUAACAAGGUGCUGUUCCCUCUGCUGACCAAGCUCUUAGAAAACAUCAGCCCAGCAGAUGUGGGUGGGAUGGAGGAGACCCGGAUGAGGGCUUCCACGCUGCUCUCGAAGGUCUUCCUACAGCACCUGUCUCCGCUGCUGUCCCUGUCCACCUUUGCGGCCCUCUGGCUCACCAUCCUGGACUUCAUGGACAAGUACAUGCACGCAGGCUCUAGCGAUUUACUGUCGGAAGCCAUCCCUGAAUCGCUGAAGAACAUGCUCCUGGUGAUGGACACAGCGGAGAUUUUCCACAGUGCAGAUGCGCGAGGCGGUGGCCCCUCUGCCCUCUGGGAGAUCACCUGGGAGCGCAUUGACUGCUUUCUGCCACACUUACGCGAUGAGCUUUUCAAGCAAACUGUCAUCCAAGACCCCAUGCCCACGGAACCACACGGCCCGAAACCUCUAGCCUCGGCCCACCUGACUCCUGCUGCUGGUGACCCCUGGACACCCGGCCAUCCACCUCUCCCAGAGAUACCCUCCGAGUUGGGAGCCUGCGACCUGGAGAACCCCAAGGGCUCCCGAGCCACCUGCAGCAGUCCCCCGGGAUCACCAGCGCCCUCAAGCCCAGCCCCAGAGGGGUCUCCCCCGCUGCCCCAGCCCCCACUGAUCCUGCAGCCCUUGGCCUCCCCGCUGCAGGUGGGCGUACCACCCAUGACUCUGCCCAUCAUCCUCAACCCCGCGCUCAUCGAGGCCACCUCUCCUGUGCCCCUCUUGGCCACGCCCCGCCCCACAGACCCCCUGCCCACCUCCGAGGUCAACUAAGGCAGGGCCCUCCGAGAGCAGGACCAGCACUUCCCACCGGGCCGUCCCUGGUCCUCUUCGGCCAUCCGGGGCCCCAGACUCCGCAGGCCCAAUCCGAGCUGCUGUUGCUGUCACUGUCACUUGGAGCUGGGGAAAGGGCAACUCUCAAAGCCCUUGCUGGACCCCGCUUCAGACUGCAGGGCCUCCUUCCUCCUCUGGGGUCCGUUCCUGAGGGUCCACCCUGAGAGUGCACUUAGGCGUCGCCUGCGGCCUCUGCCUGCGGCCUGGCAGCACUGGGAGCAUCACUGUGCCGGCCCUGCAGCGCCCAGGUCAGGUGCGGAGCGCCCGGCCCAGCCACUCCGCACUUCGCUCCACGGCCAUCCCGCCCCAGCAGCCCGAGGCUCCCUCCUCUGCUGCCCCCUUUAGCAAUCAUUGUCAGUCUGGAGCGGUGAUGGGCACUGUGGAGGCAGGCGGGGGACCGGCGGGGCUGCCCGAAGGAGCAUGUACAUGCGGAAACUGUGGCGACAGUGGACUUUUUACGCUGUAAUAAAGGUCUGAGCACCGCC